UGUUCAUAUGAGCUUUUAGUAGUCUUAGGUCCUCAUAUCUUUGUGUAUACUUAUUUAGCUACCAUCGCCACGGAAAACUGACAUGUCCGGAUGUCUUUGAAAAUAACCCAUGCAGUUGAUGACCUAUCGAAAGAUCGAAUGAUGUCAUCCAACCCAUAAUGCACAUCGAAGACCGGUCAAAAUCUUCAGCGUCUUCGAAUUCAUAUACAUUCGUCAAAAGAUUCAAUCGCCAGCGUCAUAAUCGUCAUUAGAUCCAGCUGUUUUCGUCAGAAUCGUCAUAAGAUCCAGCUGUUUUCGUCAUAAUCGUCAUAAGAUCCAGCUGUUUUAGUCAGAAUCGUCAUUAGAUCCAGCUGUUUUUGUCUUACAAGCUCACUCUCCAUAUAAGGUUAACUUCUCUCCCUAUUGGGUUCAGAUACGUUCACCAUGGGAAGUUUCCCGGGCCAUGCUUUGCCCGGAUCGUUCUUCAUUGUUAUGGCGCUAUGGUGGACGGUGAACAUUGUGUAUUAUUUCAACAAAGCGCGAUGGACUGGGCAGACCUACGUAUCUCGAUCUAACUUCAUGGUUUAUCGACAAAUUGGCUCCUUCAACAUCAUACCCAUCGAAGCUAUUUUCAAAAUAGUAUUUGCAAUUAUAGGAAUGCUAGGAGAAUUCUUUUGGUCUUUGAAAUAUGACUUUGGCUUACCCGUUGGAAAUGCACAGCAUAUGACGAUGUUUGCGUUUUUUGGAAUUUCGGGCUUGUGUGAUAUAAUAGCCCAUUACAAAAAGAGCGAUGUCCCUCCAAAUAUUGACUAUGUUGCCGUAAUUCUUGCGUUUCUGGUCGAGGCUUUGUUGUUUAAUUUCCAUUUACAAGGACGAUCUUCUCUCGAUGUCACCAUACACACUCUUCUGGUGUACGUCAUCUUGUCUAAUGCUGUCUUCGUCGGCAUUGAAUUGACGACAGGUAACAAUGCGCUGGCUAGUUUGACCAAGGCACUCUCCUUGCUCGUACAAGGUACGUGGUUUUGGCAGAUUGGAUUUAUUCUUUACAGUCCGACACGAGCGCCAUCUACAUGGCACGCUGAAGAUCAUGAUCAUGUAUUUCUAGCAGUGUUGAUUUUUGUAUGGCAUGUUGCCAUUGACAUAGCGGUUUUAGCGGGAACAGGUUUCGUAGUUACUCUCGUCCAGAAAAGAUUGUUUUAUGAAACGGGUGGCUAUAGGAUCGUGGACAUUUCGGAUUCUCAGUAUUCUAGAACAAUGUUCCUUGGGAAGGAGGAUGUGCUGACAGACGAAUCAGACUCGAGCUGAAGAAUUCUGAAAGUUGGAAGACAAACACGAGUUUUCACGUGUUGGUAAAACCUAUAGUUUCACUUCGAAAAUAGACUUAUUUUGUUUGUACUUUAAAAGAUCUUUCAUCUUAUUUGGUCUGUACUUAAGUGAUAUUCCAUCGGACAAACCUGCCAACUAUAAAUAGCGAAUACAUUCACAUAUAAAUGGGGAUUUUUUUCAUAUUUUCUUACAUAGUGCCUUUGUGUUUCAUUGGUUAUAGAUUUGAAAGAAUAUCACAAUUUUUUAUUCAAACUAUUAAUGUACCAUUAGGUGCUGGAUACUGACCAGUGGUCACUGUGUUUAUUUUAAGUCGACAAUAAAGACUCAUUCUGGAGGACAUUUAUCCCAACGUGUAAAAUGCCUUUUACUUAGAUGAUGAUCUCAAAUUUUUUUUUCCAGAUUUUGUAUCUAGAAUGUAUUCGGAUUUACCUGUACUGAAAUUAUACGGACAACAUGUUAUGAUAGUUGUAAAAGCAAGUCCAUUGGUAUCUAAGUUGAAAUUGAUAACAAGAAAUGUUGAUAUUUGUGACAUUUUCAUCGAGUGAAAUUUCACAAUUUCACCUGUUUGCGAGAGUUUUAUGAAAAUUUGUCAAACUUGUAUGUCUUUCGUACAGUCUAAAUAUUAGAGCGAGAAAGAAGAACACUUUGAUCCUUCUGGUUACUCACUAUAUCUAGCAUAAUAAGUGGCUUUUCUCUUGUGUGCCUUUUUCGCAAUACAUCGAUCAGUAGUGACUUUGUAAUUCAUCGAUCAGUGGUAAGUUUGUAAUUCAUCGAUCUGUGGUAACUUUGUAAUUGAUCGAUCUGUGGUAGUUUUGUAAUUUAUCGAUCUGUGGUAGUUUUGUAAUUUAUCGAUCAGUGGUAAGUUCGUAUUAACUGUGUUAGACAUGUGAAGGCAUACUACACGUUUUCCCAACGCUGUAGUAGAAGAAAAACAGAACAAAAACCACAGACUAAUAUCUAACAGAUAUAAUUUCAGAAAGGAUGUUGGGACAAAUAGCAUUGGGCAUCAUUGAGAUAGACGUUGACAGAGAAUGGUGAAAUGCUAACGAGUUGAAAAUUUAGACGAGUUUUGCAAACGAAUGAAUGUUCGCUGCUUGUUAAUUAGUACAAACAAAAUACUAGAAGACAACGACAAUGAAACUAUGUGCCUCCUCAUCUAGAUUUUUGACAGAUUUUCCCAACACUUUCCUUCUAGAUUUCAAAACUUUCACCCUUAGCAUCAUUAACGAGUGCUAGAAGGACGAAACAGCUGUAUGAUGUAGCAUCACUGACGAGUGCUAGAAGGACGAAACAGCUGCAUGAUGUAACAUCACUGACGAGUGCUAGAAGGACGAAACAGCUGCAUGAUGUAGCAUCACUGACGAGUCCUAGUAGGACGAAACAGCUGUAUGAUGCAGUUUAAUUCAUUACUUUGCGCUACUGUAUCUGAUUCUAAAUUAUAUUAAAAAACCUAUUCACAUGUGUGUCUUUUGUACAAACAUGAAUUACUUGAAAUGAAUUAAUUACUUUAAAAUGAAAUAUUUCGUGAGGUUCAAUUUUCACGGAUUUUCAUGAAAUAUUUUUUUUAUCAUAACCCAGUAAAUCUGGGUAAACUAAUUUUAACAGUUUGUGGACAUGUCAUUGUUGUUUCAGAGUACCUCGAAAUGAACAAAAAUAAAACUCCCAUGAAAAUUAAUAAUUUCACAAUUUUCAAAAAAUUUCAAAGAAUCAUUUCUUUUGUCGUUUUAUCCAAACCUUUAUCAAAGAUAGUAAGCGAUUCAAUGGUGAUGUCUUUGACGGAGAUCUUUCUCCAUUGCUUCAUCCUUCAUUUCCGUCGUCUAAAUUUUAAUUUUCUCCAUCACUGUUUAUAAAAAAAAAGAGAUGAAUAUGUUUGAUAUCGCUGUCAUGGAACUUUUGUAAUGAAACGUUUUAGAGAGGGCUACUUUUAGUAAUGCCAACUUUGUAGUUUCGACAAUGAAAGGAUGUUUAAACGAAAGUUAUAUUUUAUUAUGUCCCAAAUAAAUAUUCAAGCUUUGUA